UCUCUUUCAGUUUCGCGUAGUGCGACCACACCUAGGCAGGCACGCGUAUUUAGGGUUUUUUUUUUUCUUUUUUCUUUUAAAGAUGAUCAAACAAGUGCGAAUGGAUUGCAGUGCGCGGCAGCGCGGCAGGUAGAGGGCGCUGACUUUCAAAGCGCGCCGUUCUGCCGACGGACCACAAACACAGGGUUAACCGUACAAAGCCCGUGUGUGCGAUCUGGAGAGCGGCGCAGGGGAUGAGCGGAGACGCGGUGUGAUCCGGUCGUCCUCCGCAGGAGCGCCCUGUCCUCAUGCAGCCCUGCAGCGCGCCGUGACUCACAGGCUGCCACCGGCACUCGGCCAUGACCGGGGUGCGAGCGCUGCUCUCCGAUCAAUGGACCCACAGCCACGCCGAGUACGAACAAAAGGAAAAGAAGGAUGGCACUGGGAUCACGACCGGUGAGCUCGGAUCUUGAGUGGCGAGACAGAUCCAGCCACCCCACGAUCCGCAGACCCUCUGUGGUGUGAGGAGGAUGGACUGCAGUGGGCGAUAUGAGGCAGGCCCUGGUGGAGGUAGAGGCUGUUAAGAAGAAUGCACUUCUCCCGCAUCGGCAUCAGCAAGCUCUGCUUCCUGCUGUCCCUGGCCUUCUGUGCAUUCCUGCUGCUGCUCAUCCCUAGCUUGCAGCCAACUCGCUGGCGAAGCAAGCUCCCGCAGCCGCAGCCCCAGCCCCGCUCCCGGACAAUUGGUGGGCGAGGAGGGGCAUCUGGACGGCGGCAGUACCACUCGGUCGUUCUCCACCUUCCCCUCAGGAAUCCAAGGAUGGGGAACACCACUGGUGUGCUGGCUGAUGGAACCCAGACUGCCAAGGGCGCAGCUGCCCCUGCCUCAUCUUUAGCUGUUGGAGGUGCAGUUACCACUGGGAAACACAACACCCCUCUCCCCCUGAACAUAGGAGCUCCUCAAGCAGGUUUGCCUGGGUCUCCUCCCAGGGAACAGCUGGAGUUGACAGACAUUUUUAUUGCAGUGAAAACCACAAAGAAAUACCACAAGUCUCGGCUAGAGCUGCUCUUCCAGACCUGGAUCUCCCAAGCAAAGGAGCAGACCUUCAUAUUCACAGAUGGCGAAGACAAGGAAUUGAGAAGAAAAGCAGGAGAAAACAUGAUCAACACCAACUGCUCAGCAACACACACUCGACAGGCACUAUGCUGCAAGAUGUCUGUGGAAUAUGACAAGUUCAUCGAGUCUCAGAAAAAGUGGUUCUGCCAUAUGGAUGACGACAACUACGUGAUCCUGCCCAGCUUGCUGAAGCUGCUGUCCUCCUACUCACACACACAGGAUGUCUACCUGGGCCGGCCCAGCCUAGACCACCCCAUUGAGGCAGCUGAGCGAGUAAAGGGUGAUGGAUCGGUGUCUGUAAAGUUCUGGUUUGCCACUGGUGGGGCAGGGUUUUGCAUCAGCCGAGGGCUAGCGCUGAAGAUGAGUCCUUGGGCAAGCCUUGGAAAUUUCAUUAGUACAGCAGAGAAGAUACGUCUGCCCGAUGACUGCACCGUGGGAUACAUCAUUGAGGCACUGCUCGAGGUCUCCAUGACACACUCCCUACUAUUCCAUUCCCACCUGGAAAACCUACGAAGGCUCCCUAGUGACAGUGUGCUCAGACAGGUGACCCUCAGCUAUGGUGGAUAUGAGAACGGGAGGAAUGUGGUCAGUAUUGGUGGGGCCUUUUCCCUGGCAGAGGACCCUUCUCGGUUUAAAACGGUCCACUGCCACCUGUAUCCACAAACUGGCUGGUGCCCUGCCAAAAAACAUCCCUGAAUUCCACAGCAGAGCUCUAAACUGGGUCCUUUGAGUUGCACAACCUCCACUCUUAUCCCUGGAAGCAGUGUUGGGGGUAUUGCCUGCGAACAACCUUCUUCCCAUUUCUGUGAGGGUGUUCUGCAUUUGCUGUGACCCCUUUAUUAGCCAGACUAAUGGUGAACAAAUUGUGUCCCACAUGUCCCUGUUUUUAAUGUACUAUGUAUUGUUUACAUUUACAUUUCUUCGUUUAGCAGAUGCUUUUCUCCAAAGCGACAUGCAUCUCAGAGAAAUACAAUUUGUGUGAGUGUAUUUAGAGCUUCUGCCAAGCAAAGUGACUGAGAAGAAAGAAGAGUGGAGAGGAAAGUGAGGUGGCUAGAUGAGAUGCAAUAUACCUAAUAUAUUUUUUGAGUCGGUACUUUUAGUGGAAUUUUCUGUUACUGAAUUUCCAUUAGGAGGAAGAAAGAAUAUUAGGUCUUUCUUUUCUGAACAGACUGAAUAUGACGUAUGCAAUUCAUGCAGUAUGCCGCCUUCAAAACGGUUUUCAUUCUUCCAUUUAUUAGGCUGUUGUAGAAAAUGUUAUGAAUAAGUGGCUUUCUACUUUACAGAAACUUUUGAAGAGGUUUUUAAAAAAUAAAGUUCUGAUAAAUUAUGCAGCAAGAUAUUAGAAAUCAGGGGAAUUUCAAACAAAAAUGUAGUAUGUGCACAUAAGCUUUUCUAUGAAUUGCAAGCCAUCAUAUGAAAGCAGGAUGUAUUCCUUUUCGUCAAAGUGAGUCAGAAUAUUCUUCUGAAAAUUUUGUGUUGAUCUUGACGCACCAAAAACCCACAGGUACUGGAAUUUCACUGCAGGCCAGUGAAAGGAAGAUUAAUAUCUUUAAUUCAAUAUUGUCAGUGAAUAAAGCAUCUAGCAAAACCA